AUGUCGAUGAAGAUGCCCACCCUCGAGGAUGACGAGCGGUUCGCGCUAAUGAAGUUCCGUCGGCAGGUUGUAGACAUACUGAAACCGGAGCACGAUGAUUACUACCUGCUACGCUGGCUGCGAGCUCGCAACUGGAACCCUGAGGCGGCAGAAAAAAUGUUGCGCGAUUCAAUGAAAUUCCGUGAGCGCUGGAACACCGACGAGAUUGCUAAAUGGCCGACGCCACAGAUCUUGCGCGACUACAGUCCGCACGGUGUGGCAGGUUUUGAUAAGGAAGGCUCGCCGAUUAUCAUCAUCCCAUUCGCCGGUUUCGAUAUCUGGGGACUGCUGCACAGUGUGUCCAGGGCAGACAUCAUCCGCAUGACAAUGCAGGCUCUCGAGAGUUAUAUGCAGCUCGCGUACGAGCAGAGCCAGAAGACGGGUAACGCGAGUAGUCGGCAGUUCGUAGUUGUGUUUGACAUGGACAACUUCAACCUGAAACAGUACAUCUGGCGACCAGCAAGCGAAGUCGUAAUCUCGCUGAUCAAGAUGUACGAAGCGAACUAUCCAGAGAUCCUGAAGUGCUGCUACAUCAUAAACACCCCGAAGGUGUUCGCGUUUGCGUACAAUAUGGUGAAGAAGUUCCUUGGCGAGUACACGAUUGAUAAGAUCCGCAUCUACAAGCCGGAUCGGAGCAAGUGGCUACCGGCUAUCCUGGAGCGAUGCGAUUCGGAACAGAUUCCCGCCUACUUUGGUGGUUCGCAGACCGACCCGGACGGCAAUCCAAAGUGCGAAAAGAAGAUCUGCUGGGGCGGAAAAGUGCCAAAGGAACUGUACACCUCAAAAGAGGACAGCUUCAACAAUAAUCUGUCGUUCACCGAAACAGACAUUCGGAAGGGCAGUAAGCUGAAACUGACGUUCGACUGCGAGGACACCGGUUGCUUUCUGAAGUGGGAAUUCCGCACGUUCGAUCACGACAUCAAGUUCGGCGUCAAGUGCGUCAACAAGAAGACAGAAGAGUCGUCCAUCGAGGUUCCGCUGAAGCGCGUCUCGUCGCACCAGGUGGACGAAUCCGGUUUUAUUACUUGCCAGCCAGGAUGCACGUAUCAUGUGCUGUUUGACAACUCAUACUCGUAUUUCAAGACGAAGAAGAUCCGCUACUCGGUGCUCAUGACGGCGCCACUGAGCGACGUGGAGCAGACGAUGGCCCCGGUUGCAAUCACGGAGGAGACGUCUCCCGAGGAAACGCCGGUCGAAGAUUGAUAACUGAUGAGAUGUGAUAACUGAAGAUGUCCUUAACGCCAGUUCUCCGUUUACUCCAUUUAGCUUGAUUCAAAACUUUGAUGAUUAGCUUCCAGUCGUCACUGACAUCAUAACGCGGGAGUUAAGUGACCAUUCUUGCAUUGGUCAACGAAGACGUUGAUCAAAUUUUACACCAUCGUGAGCCAAAGAUUUCUCUCUGGAUGCCCCUAAUUUUGCUAUUCGCCAUUUUCCGGCGAUCCCGUGUGAGUUGCAUAACACCAGAACAAGGAAAACAACUCAAACACAACACCCCACCUUUCUACUCCAACUUAAUCACGGUUUUCCUUUAUCAUUUUGAGUAAGGAAAUACAAGAUAAAAAAAUGGCAUAUUUGCAUAUUCCAACAAAAGGUGAUAUUUGAUUAGGUAGUAAGCGAAAUUGGAUAUUCCAUUCGCCAAAAAGGGGGUUUCAUUGUUAUAAGGUUGUAAAAAUAUUAAUACUAAUAGUACUGGUGGUAAAAACCAACAAACGCGUAAGGAUGUCCUGCACAUUCAUAGUGAUGGGGAUGUAUCGUAGCUCGGAAUGUAAGUGAUAAGAAAACGGGUCGGUGCGAAACAAUAGGACUCCCACGACAAGUGCACCAUAAUAAUGUGUGAAAAAUCUUGGUAAUGCCAGCUUCAACAUUCGCAUAUACAACAGGGAAGUAGCGCUGCUAUUGCUCUACCAAACUAACCAUUAAAUUCAAUAAAAC